AUGGACGACUCAACCAAUUGGCGUAUUUCCAUUCAGAAUAACACCAUCGAUAUUUUUACUAAGCAUCAUUGUUACACUCAAAAGUCAACUAAAAAGAAGGUUAUACUCAACAGGGAUGACAUACGAAAAGAAAUAUCGAAUGCAAAGUUCUACAAAGACGGCACCAAAAUAGUGAGGCCUGUGGUGGCUGAAUACCAAGAGAAUCCCAAAAUUGAAGUUUUCGACGGAGACUGUUUAAGCUAUGCUCUGGAUUUGAAGAGGAAAGAGAUGAAUCCAAUAGUUCUUAACAUGGCUAAUCCUGAAAAUCCUGGAGGAGGUUACCUCUAUGGAGCUGCUGCACAAGAAGAAAAUUUGUUUCGUCGUACGAACCUGUUCGAGUAUCACAACAUUCAGUGGUAUCCCUUCCCCAAUGCAGGUGGAAUCUAUUCUCCUGACGCUUUGGUGAUAAGAGAUAAUGAAAAGGAAAAAUAUGAUUUGUUGAUGGAACCAGUAAAGAUGUCAUUUGUAUCGUUAGCCGCACUGUGCUUUCCGCAGAUCGAAGAAGAUUCCGAGGAUCGUGUGACCUUGGCUCCCGCAGCAAAGGAAUUAACUCGGCACAAAAUCAGAGCCAUCUUGAACAUCGGACUGGAUAACGGUCAUGACUCCAUAGUCCUCAGUGCGUUUGGGUGCGGGGCAUUUCGUAAUCCGCCGGGCGCCAUGGCGCAGUUAUUCCAUGAGAUUAUCACCAAUGAAUAUGCAGGUAACGGUGAAAGUUUACCAAAAACCUACAAGCAUAUUGGGUUUGCCAUAUUUGAUGAUGAGCGCGCCAGGGCGUGGAAAGGUGGUGAGGGAAACUUAUUGCCUUUUAGAAAGAUCUUUGAUAAUUUUGUUUGGUGA